AUGGAACCCACUGCAAAGCAAACAAUCCAUUCCGCGCUUGGAGCGUUGACAGAAAGCAACACACAGCCCGAAGUUUUCCCCGUAAAGCACAAGAAGAAUCAGGCUCAGAUGAAGAAACCGCUGGACGUACCACCAUGGAACGUGAAUUUGCAAUCGCGAGCCUACGGCAGCGAAAAUGCCGCCAAUGUUGGCAUAUCCCGUUUGGGGAGUUCGAUUAGCGGCCCUUUUAAGCCAGCUUCAAGUACCUUGGGAAAUACUAUGACCAAUUUCGACCAGAUUUAUGACAGCCGAUAUUCUCGUUAUGAUCCACGCGAUACUCAAAAUCAAAUACGCGAACUUUUAGAGAGCAUUCCGGAUGAAGUCGACGAUUGUGCCCUCACUGAGGGAACACCUUCUGAAAUGACUAUCAGCCUAAUGAGGCAUCAAACGCAGGGCCUAAAUUGGAUGAAAGAUCGCGAAGAGGGGGAGAAAAAGAACGGCGGCAUACUAGCUGAUAUGGGUCUAGGAAAGACGAUUCAAACGCUUGCUUUGAUUCUGUCAAACAAAUCGAAUCAAGAACGAAAAAUGACACUGAUUGUUGCUCCCUUGUCACUCAUUCGUCAAUGGGAGAAUGAAAUUGUUAGUAAAACUAAAGAAAAAUCGUUGUCUGUGUACCUACAUCAUGGUCCGGCAAAAACGAAAGAUGCAAGAAAAUUAGCGAAAUAUGAUGUAGUUAUCACAACUUACCAAGUGGUUGCUAGUGAAUGGCCUGCUCCGCCAAAAUCCAAGGGAAAGAAGAAAGAAGAAGAUAAUUCCGUCAGUUUGAUAUAUGCCGGACCUUUGUUUAAGGCCAAGUGGCAUCGUAUUGUUUUGGAUGAAGCUCAGUACAUAAAGAAUAGAAAUACCAUGGCGGCUCAAGGCUGUUAUGCACUGGAUGGUUUAAAAAGAUGGUGCUUGACGGGAACCCCAAUCCAGAACAAUCUAGAUGAACUGUAUAGUCUCUUUCGGUUUUUGAGAAUAGAACCGCUUAACAACUAUGACACUUUCAAAAAAACAAUAAUGCAACCGAUACAGUAUGGACGAAUAGGGACAUCGUUUAAACGAUUACAGAUAAUACUGAAAGCUGUUAUGCUUAGACGCACCAAGAAUACGUUUAUCGACGGUAAACCAUUGCUUACACUUCCUGAACGAAAUGUUGAGAAUAUAGUCGUCCAAUUUUCCCCCGAGGAGCGCGACUUUUAUCAAUCGCUUGCAAACCGGACGCAGUUGACACUAAAUCGAUAUGUCAAAGAAGGCACACUUAAUAACAAUUUUACUAAUAUCCUUGUUUUGUUAUUAAGGUUACGUCAGGCUUGUAAUCAUCCAAAUCUUGUUUCAAAAGAAGCUGCCGGAAAGGACGCAAAAGACAAACCUAUAUCAGAGUCAGCUGAACUCCAAGACCAAGAAUUAAACGAUCUUGCCAAGCUGAUGACAAGCAUGGCUGUUGGCAAUUCAUCAGAAUGCUGUGAAAUUUGCCUCGACCGACUAGAUAUAUCUGAACAAGUACAUUGUGCAAAGUGCACAAAAGAGAUUGUACGGAAGGCGACCACACACGACGGCUUCGUGUCAUCAGCUAAAAUUGAUAAAAUGAUAGAGAUACUGUCUAUAACCCGACGUGAUAAUCCUCGGGCGAAGACGAUCAUAUUUUCUCAGUUCGCCAGCAUGCUAGAUUUAAUCGAACACCCAUUAACCAGAGCAGGCUUCGAAUUUGUAAGAUAUGAUGGAAGCAUGCCUGAAAAGAAACGUAGCAACAACCUCAAUCUUUUGCGAGAACGUGAUAAUAUCACUGUACUUUUGCUUUCACUCAAAUGCGGAUCACUUGGUCUCAAUUUGACUUGUGCAAAUUAUGUUAUUCUCUUGGAUGUAUGGUGGAAUCCUGGUAAGCAAACUCGUUUCGGUGAUUCUGCCGAUGAUUUCCAGAUGCAAUUUGUGGGCAGCAAUCCUCAGCCACUGUUGAGAAUCAGGCAAUUGACCGGGUACACAGUCUAUGUCAGCAAAAUAACAGUUGCGGAUACAGUCGAAGAUCGUAUAAUGAUGUUGCAACAGAAAAAGAAAGAAUUGGCGGAUGGUGUCUUGGAGAACAAGGUCGUUAAGGGUGAUAAACUUUCCCUACGCGACCUUAUGUUCCUAUUCAACUAUGAUUAUUAA